AUGUCCAUUAACGUAACCUCAAAGGACACGCUAGCUGAACUGGGAACUGAUGAUGAUACUCAGGACGACUAUGAUCCCUACAAGCAUCGAACGAUCAGCAAACCAAACUCCACGUUUGGCACAUUCGUACACGUUAUGAAGGGAGCCAUGGGUGUAGGAAUCCUAUCGAUGCCGUUUGCUAUUCGAAAUGGUGGACUGGUUUUUGGCGUUAUCGGAACGUUUCUGUUAGGAAUGCUCUACUCGCACUGUGUUCAUUUGUUGGUUGACACCGCUUACAAAAUAUGUAAAAGAGAACGUAUACCUAUGCUAAGCUUUGCAGAAACUCUGGAUCAUGCUUGUGCUUUGGGCUCACCUAGAAUACGACCAUUGGGGAAAAUAUUUAAGAAUAUUGUAGACUACUUUCUGAUGAUACCGAUAUCAUCAAUGAUCUACAUGGUAUUUGUUGGCUCGACCCUACACGACGUUAUCAAUGCUCGUACGGAUCUGGACUGGGAUGUCCGAAUCUAUAUUCUACUAGCCGCUGUACCAGCCAUUGGAAUAACCCAGGUCAGGGAAAUUAAAUAUCUCGUCCCAUUCUCAGCUAUAGCUACAACACUGAUAUUUGCGAAUGUCGUCAUAUCCUUGUAUUACAUAUUCAAAGAGCCACUCUCAUUCGACGACCGAGACUUAUUUCCAUCUUUCAAUUCGUUGACUACUUUCCUCGGCGCUGCAUACUUUGCAUUUGAUGCAACAUCUCUCAUAUUUCCCGUGUCCAAUCAAAUGAAACACCCGGAACACUACCUUGGAUGCCCUGGAAUAGUAAACGUUAACAACAUAUGCUUGGCCAUUUUGUACAGUUUUAUUGGUGUGGCAGGCUACCUUCGAUAUGGCGAUAAAAUUCAAGGCUCAAUAACGCUAAACUUUCCCCAAGAAGAGGAGUAAGUAUGCUCAGCUGGCGAUGACGUACGUUAAAAUAUUCUAGUAAUUUUCCUCCGUUUCAGCUUAGCGAUGGUUAUACAAGUAUUGUCAGCAGUGGCCAUCCUAUUCUCAAUAGGAAUAUUUUUCUACGUUCCCAUUGAAAUAGUUUGGCGAAGGGUACAUGAUCGUGUACCGCCGAAAUGGCAUGUCGCAGCUCAAACAGGCAUAAGACUGUUGUACCUUAUCGGUAUCGUAGGCAUUGCUUGCGGUGUUCCGGAUAUUGGAACCUUCGUUGGAUUCAUUGGUGCUGUUUUCAAUCCUAUCCUUGCGUUGUGGUUUCCAAUCAUUGUAGACACAAUUUACCGCUGGCCGGGAGACUUUGGAUGGAUGAAGU